AUGACUUCUCAAAGUAAGCCUAACACGCGGAGACUGAUGAGCGUUGUCAAAUUGGAACAAUGCACAAGCGCAAACAGUUCCACAGUUGCGAUCGCUGCCGCCAGGGUCGCCGGGCCUGUGAUGCAGCAAAGCGAGGGAUCAACCCUUUUCCAACGACGACUCAACCACAAAGAUCAAGCGGACAGCAGCUUGCAUGCUCACUUUCGGACACGUGGCCAGCUUCCGGAGUCGAUUAAGAGGAGGUAUUUGAGGGAUGUGCCUUUGGUACACGAUAUACCAGCCCGCCUAGGACAGGAUUCUUCAACUCCAGCAGGGCAAAAUGUGCAAUCGGCUGGGAGCGAGGCCAAUACACAAUUAUUCCUCCACCCGGAUAUACAGUCUCUGGUCGAUGAAGAUAGAAUCGCUCGAGCACUCGGUAGGGAUGUAACUUCAGAUCGGCUCCUCGUCGUAUAUGUAUCAAGCUUUGAGAGCACAAUCUCGAAAUGGGCCACUCUCAGCAAUCAACCUCCAGGUAUUUCUCAAUACCCGACUCUUCAUAAUACAUUAUACGACCGAGUUCAACGCCUUGAUCACAAAGCGUCCGCUCUAAUAAGACAGCACACGGGUUCAGACCACUGCCAUAGGGCUACCAGAGUGUUGAAGUUAGCAGUCAUGACGUUUUCGAGCCAGUCGAGCUGUAUCGAAAGAGCAGAAACUUCACAAGCAUUUGGGGAGAUGUUUGUCCCUGUGAACGACUUUCAAUCGCUACUCUUUCAGACUCUAUGGCAUGAAACUCGAAGAUCUCUUGAAUGGUUUGCCGACUGGGAUUGUCUCGAAGUAAUCCUGGCAAGAAUCAUCUUUUCUUUGACACAAAGUCCUUUGAAUCAUCCGGAAACAGAUUCUCGACACGAAGGUGUGCGAAAUGGCCCACAUUUGUAUGACAGCCCUGAGAGUAUGGCUUUGAGGAAGGCUCAUUUAGACAAAGCGCUGCAGUCUUUGUCUUUCUGGAACAGGGAGAUGCAACCUCUCCUUCAGGUCCCAGAACGAUUGGAACAUUCAUUGAUUGGUUUUAACGACGACGACAUUACCGAUUUUUGUGUAUUGGUGAAAUUGGCCAUUAUUUAUGAUGAGACAACGGCUGUGUUAUGGAAUCGCACUAUACAAAUCACUGAAGGAAAAGGAGAUAUCAGUUGGUCACGGGGUGGUUGCGCUUUACAAUCGUCGAGCCCAGAUUCGAUUGGACAGGCCGGACAGUUUCUCAAGGCCCACUAUCUCAAGGCUUCAUUAUGGCGAAAGCUAGGACAAUUACAAAGACUCGCUCGUCAUGCAGACGCUCUCACCAGCAACCUCGAAACGUACAUCCAGGAGACCCUUGAAAUCUUUCACGAAUGGAACGGGGCUUGUGCAUCGUACAUGAAAACCUGUAUGGAGUCAAUUACCACCUCGCCAUUUGACCUAGAAGCGUCAUGCUUUGGUCAUGCGGCACACUGGUACCUUGGUGUUCUCCUUUUCGCAACAGAGGUUGAAGUUUUAGACGCAACUGGCCGCUCAGACAGUAUCAAAAGCUCCCUUCGUCGGUCAACGGGUCUCACCGGGGAAUUGCGUACGGACAGUAUCUACGCAAUAUCUGAUUUGGCACGUGCUGCUAAUUCAUUGACCACAGAAGGCCUGACUCGCCAACGUCGUACAUACUACGAGCAUCCACUCCUUGUUGAUCCGCUAUUCGCGGUGAUCCAUAUCGCGUUUGCGGAGACAUGCGAGACGUUGUUGGAAUGGAGAAAUCUGCUGUUGCUCAGGCUUUCGAACGAGAACCUAGACCGUUCUAUUGAGGAUACUAGUCAGGACGAGACAUUUCUUGCUAACCUGUCGGAACGCUUGAAUCAUUGUAUCGAGGCACUUGAUUUGCUGGGGAAGAAAUCUGGCGUAUCGAAAGGGUACGCCUGUCGUAUGAGGACAGUCCUCGAUAUGGGAUUAUAUUGGCCUGACAAAGGUUGAUUGAAGGGAAACCCGUCAACUCAGUUCUUUCGUCAACAAAGAUGUAAUUCCAAUAGAAACAACCAUGGCAAUGGCCAACAGUUUCCAUGACAAUUGUAAACUAACAAAGGUUUCAUGCGACGGACAAAGUGUUUGUUUUGUCUAUAAAUAAAGGAGUUUCUCCG